AUGCCUACGGGAGUCGAGAACAGCAAAAGGGCUGACCGACGGCUUCUCAUUGUCGCCAACCGUCAUCCAGUCACUGUCAAGCGAACAACUGACGGCCAAUAUUCAUAUAAUAUAUCGUCUGGUGGUCUCGUUACAGGUCUCAGCGGUCUUCCACCUUCUCUUAAGGACAACUCCGUAUACUAUGGCUGGCCAGGGAUUGACGUUCCUCCACAAGAGGUUGAAGAGGUAGAGGCUGGAAUGGCUGACAAAGGUGGUGUGCCGUUAUGGAUUGACGGCAGACUGAUGGACAUGCAUUACAAUGGCUACUCAAACAGUAUUGUAUGGCCACUUUUUCAUUACCACGCCAACGAGAUGACCUUCGAGGAGGGGCCAUGGGAAGCCUAUGUAAAAGUUAACAGGCUAUUUGCUAAGAAAGUUGCAGAGGAUGUACGAGACAACGAUAUCGUUUGGAUUCACGACUACCACCUGAUGCUAAUGCCCAAAAUGCUACGGGAGGAGAUGAGAAACCUGAAUAAAAAAGUGCGGAACCUGAAAGUCGGCUUCUUUCUGCAUAUCCCUUGGCCCAGCAGUAUGGAAUUCAUGAAACUACCAUAUCGAGAGGAGGUUCUCGAGAGCUUGUUAAACGCAGACCUCUGUGGCUUCCACACCUACGACUAUGCGCGGCAUUUCUUAAGUGCCUGCCACAAAAUUCUGGGCCUAACCACCAGUCCUAAUGGUGUCAUGUUUGAUGGCAGAAAUGUGCAUGUUGGAGCUUUCCCUAUUGGCAUCAAUCCUGAGAAAGAGGUGUCAGCCAUGAAGAAAGAGAACGUCAUAAGCAGAGUGAAGGAGCUCAAAGAGGGCUCUUUCAAGGACAAGACUGUGGUCAUUAGCGUUGAUCGGUUAGACUACAUCAAAGGUCUUCCUCACAAAUUUCACGCUUUUGACAUGUUUCUCGAGAACAAUCCGGACUUUGUCGGUCAUGCGGUACUGUUGCAGAUCGUCGUUCCAUCGCGGCAAGAUGUGAAGGAGUAUCAGAUUCUGCGAUCGCACAUCAGCGAGCUUGCUGGACGGAUCAAUGCCAAAUACGGCACAGUCACCUAUCAACCUAUUGUCUAUCGGCAUACAUCGGUACCGCACGAUGAGCUCGUCGCCAUGUAUGCAUUGGCAGAUGCAUGUUUUGUCACGUCAACGAGAGAUGGUAUGAACCUGGUCAGCUAUGAGUACAUCGCUUGUCAGUACGAGAACCACGGGCAGUUAGUCAUCUCCGAAUUUGCUGGAGCUGCUCAAAGCAUGAAAGGCAGUAUCGUCAUCAAUCCUUGGGACACCAACGACAUGAUAGCAGCACUUCGUAAAGCACUGACCAUGAGUGAAGCCAAGAAAGAGGAGAACUGGAAGAAGAUGUGGGACUAUGUGAACACAUACACAUCUGCUAAUUGGGGUAUCUCUUUUGUGGACGAGUUGACUAGCAUUGGUACCGGUGAAAUGCCGGAUGUCUUAACAAGACAAGCUUCCGACUCAGGUUCGGACAACGAGAUUAAUGGCAUGAAUAGAGGCACUGAUGGUGUCGACAAGACCGAAAGUGAACACAACCAACGCAACCAGCCUGUGAUUGUCCAAAGGGAUCGUAUGGACAGUGCAGGAUCUGGACAACUAGGUUUUAGUGAUCCAGCGGAACGCAUGGCUCCAGAGGCGGGCGCAGCAGUGAACGGAGUGAGUAGCUGA